AUGCAGUGAACUAUACUGUAUUUACAGUGAAUAUGCGAAAAUUUUGCGUAUCUUUGACGUCCUUGAGCAGCGCAUAACACACCCAGUGGUGUUGCUGCGUCCUGGAGAGCGCGGCGAUGAUGACCUCGAAACUCAUUCAUGACCGGUGAUGUCUUACUACAUAUUUUGAUCAUCACUUGAGAUGUUAUUGGUUUAUUAACGCGAUAAUCAACCGUAACCGUAACCACACUCUGUUUUAGCCCGAAUUGUAUACACGCGUAACGUUAUUCGAUUGGUGUUGUUUUCUCCGGAGCUUGUGCCGGAGUUCAAUGACUCCUCACCGGCUCACAAGCUGAAUCGCACUCUUAUUUCUCGUCUACGUCUCUUCAUUUUGAAGGAGCGAGUGAACAUUGAUUUAACAGUGUUUGUGUAAACCCGUUUUUACAAGGUAAAUUCUUCCCCUAGCGAGCGGUCUGUGUCGCGAUUACCCCGGAAGGCCAGCGCUGCACGAGCGGUGAGGGGUGGAGCCUGACAUGAGAAAACACUCGCGCUGAGUUUAGCCUGUUAGCUAGCCGCUUGACGGCUUUAAUACAACACACUUAACUACAUUCACGAUGGAGCGUUCAUUCGGGAUUCCAGAUAGCCAAUGUUUGGCCACUGUUAGAGGACACGAGCUCAGAAGCGGACAGAAAGAACCAAGACUCCUGUCCCUGUUAGAGUGUUCUGGACAGUUCAAGUUGGAUAUUUUGGCAAACCCUGAAGCAAUUGUGUUAAGCCCAGUGCCCCAGCUGUCCAUCCCCAUCAAUAACCAUUUUCAGAUAGUUCGAGAGGCUGAAGAAGCACUUCUCAUUGACCUCUCGAUUAACACGACGAUACGGAUUCUUCUUCGAGGCGAGCGAAUGCCAGAGCUUCUGCUGGAGCUGCAGGAUGACGUACACACUCAGGCUUUCUUACAGCAUGUGACGAAGGCCCAACAGCAAGCUGAGAAGAGGAGUUCACUGCCCAGGAAGAUGGAGCCUGUUGUACCUAUUCCAGUCAAAGACUGCAUUCCUGUUCCACCUCAAAGAGGAACCUCCAAAUCCACCUCAAACAACAUCAAGAACAGUACUUUAGCAAAGCCCUCAAAUACAGACCCCGUCUUCUCAUUUGAAACAGAUUUUGGUUUUGAAACAAAUUUUAACCAUUGUAUGAAAGUGGAAGAGAAGAAGAACCAACAAAACCGUAUAGUUGCACAACGAGAGCCGCCUCCUCCACCAGUGCCCCCUCUUCCCCCUCGGAAAGGCACGUACACGCCAUCGACUAACCACCCGGCAGGACUGGCUGCUAAAGAAAGGCCACCAUCCGCACUGAACGCCACACCUGUCAGAAAUGAAUUUCAGUCUGUAGACCGCUCUGUUUCCUGGUCUGACAGCCCGUCAAAGUACACCAUGAGACAGGCCAUGAUGAGCACCCACUCGGGGUCAAGGGAAGGCCUGCUUAAGUAUCGCCUCAGCAAGAAAGAGAAAGAAUAUGUGGACAUUAAGAACUUCCGGUUCUUCAUAGGCACUUGGAAUGUGAACGGUCAGUCCCCUGACAGCAGUCUUGAACCCUGGCUGUGCAGUGACCCAGACCCUCCAGAUGUCUACGCACUAGGAUUUCAGGAGCUGGACCUGAGCACAGAGGCAUUUCUCUAUAUGGACUCCUCUAAAGAACAGUUAUGGGUUAAUGCAGUAGAGAGAAGCCUCCACCAUAAAGCCAAAUACAUAUGUGUCCGUAUCAUUCGCCUAGUGGGAAUGAUGUUGGUGGUGUUUGUCAACAAGGUGCACAUAGAUCACAUUAGAGAGGUGGCUUCUGAGUCUGUGGGAACUGGUCUCAUGAAUAAAAUGGGGAAUAAAGGAGGAGUGGCUGUGCGUUUUGUGUUUCACAAUACCAGCUUCUGCUUCGUAAACUCUCAUUUGGCGGCUCAUGUGGAAGACUUUGAGCGGCGGAACCAGGACUACAAAGACAUCUGUGCCCGCAUGAGUUUCCACCUGAUGGAAUACCCCCCUCUCAGUAUAGUCAAACAUGAUGUGGUGAUUUGGCUUGGAGAUCUUAACUACAGACUAUGUCUGAAUGAUACCGGGGAGGUAAAAAAACUUAUUGCUGGGAAUGAAUUACGGAAGCUUCAGGAGUAUGAUCAGCUGAACAUUCAGAGAAACACUAAACGUGCCUUCACUGAUUUCAUGGAAGGAGAGAUUAAUUUCAUCCCAACUUACAAAUAUGAUGCUAAAUCAGAUCGAUGGGACUCAAGUGGGAAGUGUCGAGUCCCUGCCUGGUGCGACCGUAUCCUCUGGAGGGGGAGCAACGUAAAGCAACUUCACUACCGCAGUCACAUGGAGCUAAAGACCAGUGACCACAAACCCGUCAGCUCUCUCUUCAGUAUAGGGGUGAAGAUGGUGAUUGAGCAGCGCUACAAGAAGGUGUUUGAAGAGAUUGUGCGGGACAUGGACAGGAUGGAAAAUGACUUUUUGCCCUCUUUGUCCCUAACCCGUCGGGAGUUCACCUUUGAUAAUGUGAAGUUCCGUCAGCUGCAGCGUGAGAGUUUUCUUAUCACUAAUGAUGGACAGGUUGCUUGCACCUUUGCCUUCAUCCCCAAACUCAAUGACUCUCAAUACUGUAAAACCUGGCUACGUGCUGAGCCCAACGAAGGCGUACUAGACCCUAAUGAGACAAUGGAGAUCUUCCUGGAGGUGUAUGUCAGUAAAGAUUCGGUAACACUGCUAAACUCUGGUGAGGAUAAAAUCGAGGACAUCCUGGUGCUUCAUCUGGACCGGGGGAAAGACUACUUCAUCACUGUCUCUGGAAACUAUCUGCCCAGCUGUUUUGGCACAUCUCUGGAGACUCUGUGCCGUAUGAAGAAGCCCAUCCGUGAGAUCCCCGUCACCAAACUCAUCGAUCUGGGAGAGGAUAGCUGCAUGGAAAAGGAGAAAUCCCGGAUGUAUUCCUUGUUGGACAGUUCUGGAACAGAGGAUAAACCUCUGAAGAUUCCCAAAGAGGUCUGGUUGCUUGUUAAUCACCUCUACACCAAGGCCUGCCAGCAGGAGGACCUUUUCCAGACCCCUGGCCUGCAAGACGAGCUACAAAGUAUUAUUGACUGCUUGGACACCAGCAUUCCUGAAUCCAUCCCUGGCUGUAAUCACUCAGUUGCUGAAGCACUAUUGAUCUUCUUGGAGGCUCUUCCUGAACCUGUGCUGUGUUAUGAACUCUAUCAGCGCUGUCUUGAUUGUUCUCAUGACAGCCGCCUCUGCAAACAGCUAAUAUCUCAGCUCCCACGAGCCCAUCGCAAUGUGUUCCGCUACCUGAUGGCCUUCUUGAGGGAAUUACUCAAACACUCUAUUGACAACAACCUGAAUGCCAAUCUCCUAGCUACUCUCUUCGCAAGCCUCCUCAUUCGACCGCCUCCAAACCUUGCUGGCAAACAGACGCUACAUGAUCGUCAGAAAGCCAAUGACUUCAUAAUGGGGUUCCUGAUGGGAGGCGAUGAAGACUGAGGAAGAGGACUGCAGAAUGAGGUGUCAAGCCAAAAAGACACUUGAGGUGUGUUUGUGGCUGGUCUUCUGGGAGAUAUAUGGGCCACCAUACACUAAAAUGGCUAACUGCCUCCGUGAUGAAAGUUUGGCACUGUUGGAUAGUUCUGUUUUGCACAGACAUUGCCCAUUGGUUACGUUACGCUACGCUGUUCUUCUGUUCCUGCUUCAGAGGAAUAGGUGUCAGUUUAUAUCUGCUCCCUGGCUCUGGGAGUAUUAAUAACUACACUUUAACCCUUACAAACCUCAUCUUUUUGACUGUAGCAUCCAUAAUCCUAUGUGUAACCCCACUUUCUCUUAUUUUGACCUGUGGAUCAGAGUGCUGUAAUGCCAAAUUCGAUAUUCCCAACCAUAUUUGCCUGAAUGUGAGUGAAAGUGACUCGUGAGCACUCAUAAGAAUGACUUUGUUACACUAAAAGAAAGCCAUGUGAUGGAGAUUGCAUUGACUGCUGCUGCCAGUUUAAACGCUCCCUCGGAGCCCAGAGCACAUUUUUCCCUCCUGUCUCACGCUUCCUUUUCUCCUUCGAAAAUGACCUUCACAAAGAAGUGUUCCUACAAGGUGGCUUAGACAAUCGACUACCUUUCAGAGCGGAGGAGAAGUCUGGACUAUGAUCUUUACUCACCGUUCUAUCUGAAUCAUGAUGAAUCAGCUGACAUUGUCCGUUGUGGUGUGCACAUGUUAUUUAUGUUUUCCAGUCUCAGCUUUGGGCAUUUGGAUGUCCUCCACAAAUGAAUCUGUUAUGCUUUAGAAACACAGACUCCUCCUCAGUCUGUUGUGAUUGCACGCUCACACCCAUAAUCCUUAUUCAUCUUCAGUAAUGGCAAUGAGCGUCGGAUGUGAUAUCUAUAUUUGAUCUGGACUCUGGGGCUGAUACUUUUAUUCUUUCAAGGUCUUAUUCUUUUACAGAUCUGCUCUGGAUGCUGUUGUUCUACAGAGACAUUAACAUUUUAACUGAUGUGCUCACUGGGUCUUUUAUUGUUCUGUCAUGUCCUGUAAUGAAAAUUCAAACGUGGUCUUUCUAUUUAUAUGUAUGCUGUGUGUUAUACUAACCCAGACUGGGAUAACUUUGUGUACGUUUACAGUCUUUGUGUCCUUGUUACAUUUACACUUUAUAUUUCCAUGUAGUGACAAACUGGCAUAUGUUUGUCUCUCUUGAACUCGUAGUACAUAUUGGGAUUCUGAUGAACGUAUUUGUGAGUGCCGGCUGAAAUUCUGCUGGAUUUUAAUCCUUUUGCGCCAGUCAGUCUGGUUUUGUUGAACAGUAUGUGAAGAGGAAGUCUCUUCUGUUAUAUCAGCAUUAAUCAUCACACCAAUGCUAAAAUAUUAUUGUAACACAAACCACCAAAGCUGCUUCUCCAUGUAAUGUGUGUGACAUUUUGCCCCUGUGCAUUAGUAAUAUUUCCUCAGAAUCUCAAAGGAAAUGUUUUUUGUGAGUCUUGCAACUCGGAAAAAGAGUUGUAAUCAGUUUCUGACCAACUCUGUGUCCUGCCUUCCUUUGCUUUUAGACAUAAAUGUGCAAAAAUAGUUUCUUUAGGGGCACAACAGCUUGUCACUGGUAUAGUGCCUUUAAAGGGGCAAAUUUGUAUCUUAUCUACCCCUAAAAGGUGCAUAUUAGUACCUUAGAAUAGUAAUAUGUGUCUUUAAGGUACUGCUGUGAACCUUUUAGGGGUAAAUAAGGUACAAAAAUGUCCUUUUGGCGCUGCCCCAGUAACAAGCUGGUACAAUUUUUGCACUUUCUGAGUGUUGAAAACUCUAAGUAGUGAUGUUCUGUGAAUGAUAUUGGCUGUGGCUCAGUGUCCUCCAAUGAUCCACUCUCAAAUCUCAGUCUAAAUCACUUCACGUCCUCUGUCAUGUUUAAAAUCUCCUGUCUGUGUCUGAGCUUUCGGUUGAUUUUUUUCUCAUUUCUGCUUUGGAAAGGGAGCUCGGCUGAAAUCACUUGUUUUUCAAUGCCAAUAGAUGAUGUUUUUGGGAGGACCUCAUUGCAGGAGACUGAAUCAGAGGAACAGGAAUUCAGAUGGCCAUUAUACAGAUUUCUGGUGUUCUGUGAUCACCACCCCAUCUGUUUACUGUUUAUUGUUGUGUCCUGUCUUUCUUUCCAUUCGGUUUUUGUAAUGAUCCUGGUACUUUGCAGCUGGGUACUUGCACAUACUUAGUUUUAUUUGUGGGGAUGGGCCGGGACAUCUAAUUUAUUCAAUAAAAUAAAGACAUUAUGAACGUA